AUCAAGUGUGUAGGUAGUGUAUAGUGUAUUCUUUUACGAACAUAAUGGAUUCACCAGUAAUUACCGUAACAGAAGGUCAGAUAAGAGGUUAUCGGAGAAAAAAUUUAGAUGAAGAAGAAUUCUAUGCCUUUUUGGGAAUUCCCUAUGCAAAACCUCCUGUUGGGGAUUUACGUUUCAAAGCUCCGGAACCUGUAGAAAAAUGGGAACAUAUUAAAGAUGCCACAAAAGAUGGACCUCCAAGCUACCAAUGGGACGAUAUCGAAAAGAAAGUUGUUGGUUCGGAAGACUGUCUACACUUAUGUGUUUACACAAAAACACUUCCAUCUGAAGAAGCUUCACUUAAACCAGUAAUGGUAGUCUUGGUAUCUGUUAAUUAUCGUCUCGGAUUCUUAGGAUUUCUACAUUUUGACGAUACAUCUUUGAAUGUGUACGGCAAUGCAGCACUUAAAGAUCAACAGCUGGCUUUGAAAUGGGUUCAAAAGAAUAUUCACAAAUUUAACGGUGACCGUAAUAACGUAACCAUUUUUGGGGAAAGCGCUGGAAGUGCCAGUGUCCACUAUCACGUUCUUAGUCCAUCGUCCAAAAAUCUGUUUCACAAAGCUAUUCUACAAAGCGGAAGCACCUUUGGCCCUUUGUCAAGAUCGAAAAGCCAGAACGUUGGACUUCAAUUAGGCCAAAUUGUUGAUGAAAAUGUUAAAACUGAAAAAGAAGCACUUAAGGUACUGCAGAAAUUGACAGGCAAAGAAGUAUAUGAGACACAACAAAAGUUUAUUGCAAAAUAUGGAAGACAACUAAACAUAGGUCCAAAAAUUGAAAAGCCCAACGACUCAGCUAUUAUCACUGCUCUCCCUCAAGAUCUAGUGGUUAAGGGUCACUAUAACAAAGUUCCAUUAUUGUUCGGUUUUAAUAGCAUGGAAGGAAUAUUAUUUGGAAUAUAUCAACAAAAGGAACUUAAAAAGGGACUGAAACCAGAUUAUUUUAACAUCGACAGGUAUGUUCACCCACAUAUGGAAAUAGGGCUUAAUGAUCCAAAGAGGGAGUUGAUUAAAGAAAAAAUCAGGAAGUUUUAUUUUACUGAAAAUACAGUUGAAACCGCAAAUUAUUUGAUGGUUACCGAUUGUAAUUAUAUAGCCCCCGUAGUUGGAAUUGCAAAGCUUCACGCAAAGACCCAACCCGAACCUGUUUAUUUAUAUAGAAUGAGUCUGGACGCUGGACUAAAUUUCCUUAAACGUUCCAACAGUGGUUUUGAUCAUAUUCCAGGUGUUUGCCAUGCUGAUGAUCUAGGAUAUUUGUUCCAAAUGCCGUUAGAGUCUCUCAAUAUGCACAGGGGAGAGAAAGAAAUAAAAGCAAUCAGAAGAUUUGUUAAACUAUGGACUAAUUUUGCAAAACAUGGCAACCCAACUCCUAAAGGAAACGAUUUUAACCUAACGUGGAAUCCAGUUAAUGAAGAAGAAGUUAGUUACUUGGAUAUUGGAGAAGAAUUAACGAUAAAAAGCAAUCCCGAGCCCGAGAGGUUGAAAUUGUGGAAGGAAAUAUUUCAGCUUAGCACAUAUACGCAAUAUUAUUUGCAGUAAUAUCUAGGUUGAUAAAAAUGUUAAUUUGUGUGUAAAUAUUUAAAGAGAAAGUGACUUUUAUGUAUAAAUGUAUUAAAAACCUUUUCACUAA